GUCGAGGAGAGGAAAAAGUUCAGAGAGGGGGACAGCAGAGGCGCACGGUGCCAGAGCCAGGUCCAACCAGGAGCCCUCUGCGAGCGCAACACGCCGAGGAGGGAAGAAGAAGGAGAAGAAGAAGAACUUUUUUCUGAUUAAUUCUGUUCCGCUGAGGGGGCGAGUGUGCACGGAGAGGGGGGGGCGCCGCAGCAAGGGCUAUGACAUGCGAGUAGAGAGCCGCAGAGUUUGAGUGUUAACGCGGGCGGAUCCUCGUUUUAUUCCCCUUCCAAGAUGAGCCAAGACGCGAAGAGCCCGCGACAGCUCGCCGCGCCGCUGCUCCUCUUCCUCGCCCUGUGCGUCGCGGUGCAGCGAUCCGACUCUAUGCAUCUCAGAUUUGAGGAUUUGCACCUUUUCUUCAUCCUACGUGACGGUAAACCUGAACGUCUCUUGGUUUUAGAUGGUUGAGAAGACAGAACAAGCCGUUUGAAAUUGUCAGCUUGGAUCAAAGAGUCUUGCCACGGAUGUUCGGGAUCCAAAUGUGAGUGUCCAAACACAAAAGGAACCAAGGGUGAGCGGGGUUUUCCAGGUCUCACCGGACCUCCAGGAGUCCCAGGAUUCCCCGGACCUGAAGGGCCCAUUGGACCCAGAGGAGAGAAGGGUAGCGAUGGACCUAUGGGACCGGGUGGUCCGAAAGGAAUAAGAGGGCCGUCUGGACUGCCAGGCUUCCCAGGAACGCCAGGACUUCCAGGUCUGCCCGGGCAGGACGGACCUCCGGGGCCGAGAGGAGUGCCAGGAUGCAACGGCACAAAGGGUGAGAGGGGUCUCCCAGGAGGAGGAGGAAUCCCCGGACAGCAGGGACGGCCGGGUCCACCUGGUCUUCCAGGACCAAAGGGCGACCCGGGCGAUGUGAUCUCCACCAACCGCUUCGGAGAGAAAGGAGCAGUGGGGCUGCCCGGACUUCCAGGAGUUCCUGGCACACCCGGACCCGCCGGUUUACAGGGGCCACUCGGCCCUCCAGGACCCAGAGGCUACGAGGGUCGUCCAGGUCCUCCCGGUCCUCCCGGACCAAAGGGAAACAUGGGACUGAACUUCCAAGGACCCAAAGGAGAGAAGGGUGAUCCCGGUCUGCCAGGACCUCCUGGUCCUCCCGGACAAGUGGGAGAACAGAAGAGGCCACCUGAGACGGAGAUCCAGAGAGGAGACAAGGGCGACCCAGGAGUUCCAGGACCAAGAGGCGAUCCAGGCUAUCCAGGACCUCCUGGUCCUUCAGGAGGACAGAAAGGAGACAAGGGAGAACCAGGAGAAGCAGGCAAACGCGGCAAACCAGGCAAAGAUGGAGACCCUGGUUCUCCAGGAUUCCCUGGAGUCAAAGGAGAGUCAGGCCUUCCAGGUCCUCCAGGCAGGGAUGGAGAGAGAGGAUUCAAAGGUGAACCUGGAUAUCCAGGCCCACCAGGAGCGGUGAUUGGCUCACAGACAGGAACUCAGCCCGGCCCUAAAGGCGAUUCUGGGUACCCCGGAACUCCUGGAUCCAAAGGAGAGAGAGGGCCACAAGGUUUAACAGGCCCUCCAGGAGCACCAGGAAUUCCAGCUAUUGGUGGUGGUGGUCAGCCUGGACAACCAGGCUUCCCAGGAGAGAGAGGUCAGAAGGGUGAAGCUGGCGUUCCAGGGGUAUCUCUGCCUGGUCCCCCAGGACGUCAAGGGGCUCCUGGUCCUCAGGGUUCACCAGGUCUCCCUGGACCGCCAGGCUUUUCCACAGCAGGACAAAACUGCAUCCCUGGAGAACCCGGGCGUCCCGGUGUGCAGGGAGAGAGAGGUUACCCUGGAGAGACAGGCCAGAAAGGUGAAAAGGGAGACACUUGUGUGAACUGCUAUGGUGAAACCAGUGCCCUUCCAGGUCCCCAGGGACCUCCAGGACCACCUGGAUUCCCAGGAAAUCCUGGCCCCCAGGGUGUCAAAGGAGACAGAGGAUUUCCAGGAAUACCUGGUGGUGUUGGACCUUCUGGUGCUCCUGGUCCACAAGGUUCUCCAGGAUACCCCGGAGAGAAGGGAGACCCAGGUGAUGCCAUCUCAGUGAGUGGCGUACGGGGAGAGAAGGGCGACACCGGCUUCCCUGGACCACCUGGUCUGCCCGGCCUGGAUGGUCGACCCGGUCGUGACGGACUGCCUGGAAGUCCUGGACCCAAAGGAGCUCCUGGCUCUUUGCAAGUGAAAGGAGAACGAGGGCUCCCCGGUGAUCCAGGUUCCCCAGGUAUUCCGGGAGACAGGGGUCCACCAGGACCACCUGGCUUUGGACCUCAGGGGCCCUCAGGAGAGAAGGGUAUCCAGGGUGUAUCAGGAAGACCAGGAGGUCCUGGAGCACCCGGUGCUAAAGGUGAACCAGGCCUGUCAGUCGCUGAGAAAGGCUUACCAGGACCCAGAGGACAGGAUGGAGAACCAGGACUGCCCGGCUCACCAGGUAACCCAGGUCAGCCUGGACAGCCUGGAUUCCCCGGUUUACCAGGAGCCAAGGGUGAUCCUGGACUCCCUGGCAUCGGACUCCCAGGACCCCCAGGUGCUAAAGGAUUCCCAGGUAUCCCCGGACAGCCAGGAUCUCCUGGAGGACCAGGCAGACCAGGAGUUGAUGGACUUCCCGGCCAGCCUGGAAUACCUGGAUCCAAGGGCGAGCCUGGCUUUGGUCUUCCUGGCCCUCCAGGUUUACCAGGAGUACCUGGAUCUAAAGGAUUCCCCGGACCAAAGGGAGAUUCUGGUUUCCCUGGCAGCCCUGGUUCACCUGGACGAUCUGGAUUUGACGGCGCUCCAGGAGCUAAAGGCGAUCCGGGCAUACCUGGUACACCUGGAGCUCGUGGACCACCUGGACCCACCACCAUUGGCUCAGUGGGACAACCUGGCCCACCUGGUCCUCCUGGCCCAAUGGGACCACCAGGCGAGAAAGGAUUCCCUGGAUCAAAUGGCGCAAAGGGAGACCCUGGUCCUCCAGGUCUAGACAUCCCAGGUCUGCCUGGCGACCGAGGAACUCCUGGUUUCCCAGGUUCCCCAGGACCACCCGGAACCCCAGGACCUCCCGGAGGACCAGGACGUGAUGGCCUGCCUGGACUGCCAGGUACCAAAGGUGACAUGGGUCCCAUGGGACCUCCAGGACCCUCUGGAGGACCAGGAGGCCCAGGAGGGCCUGGUGCUCCUGGCUUUAAAGGUGAACCUGGAUUCCCUGGCAGAGACGGCACACCUGGCGGUCCCGGUGGUAAAGGAGAGAGAGGCGACCCAGGUGUUAUGGGACCCCCGGGAGCUACCGUGACAUCAGCAGUCACAAAGGGAGACAAAGGAGAUCCUGGACUACCAGGUUCACCAGGUUUUCCAGGUCAGAAAGGCAUCUCUGGUCUCUCUGGUGAUCCUGGACUGCCGGGAUCAGAUGGACGCCCUGGACUCCCCGGACCACCAGGUCCUAAGGGAGAUGCUGGAAUCCCAGGAGGCCCAGGCAGUCCUGGAGGUCCAGGACCUAAAGGCGCUAUGGGAGAAAUGGGAAUACCAGGACCAGCAGGGCAGAAGGGUCUAACAGGUCAGCCAGGAAGGUCUGGAACCCCAGGACAGCCAGGAGGACCUGGUUUCCCUGGAGCCAAAGGUGAACCAGGCUCUGCCGGCGUUGGACCACCUGGACCUGCUGGACUCAAGGGUGAACCUGGCCAGCCAGGGUUCCCGGGAGCUCCAGGACUGAAAGGAACUCCAGGAUCACCUGGUCUCCCAGGUUUACCAGGAGGGCCAGGUGCCAAAGGUGACCCUGGUCUGCCAGGAUUCCAAGGUCCUCCUGGUGUCUCUGGCCCUAAGGGUCUCGAUGGUGGGCCUGGUGCCCCAGGUCUCAGUGGAGCUCCCGGCAGACCAGGAGAGCCUGGCCGACCAGGAGGACCAGGGUUGCCAGGAGAGAAGGGUCAGGCCGGUCGGGACGGGAUCCCAGGACCAGCUGGAGUGAAAGGAGAUCCUGGUCUUCCUGGUUAUGGUGGUCCUGGUCCAUCUGGUCUUCCAGGGUUGCCAGGUGCGAAGGGAGACCCAGGUCCUCCAGGAGGACCUGGCACACCUGGUUUCCCCGGCACUAAAGGAGAGGCUGGUUUCCCUGGUUCUCCUGGUUCUAGUGGCAACCCCGGCCCACCUGGGCCCCCAGGACUUGCUCUACAGGGCCCCAAAGGACUUCAAGGACCUCCUGGACCACCUGGAAGAGCAGGUCCCUCAGGUCCUCCAGGUCCACCUGGCCCGGAGGGUGUCCGUGGGCCAGCAGGAAGUGGUGGUGUGAAGGGAGAGAAGGGUAUUCCUGGUGCUCCUGGCCAGCCAGGCUUCGCCGGAUCAAAGGGAGAUCCUGGUACUCCUGGAUUCCCAGGUUCACCCGGUCUUCCUGGUGCUACUGGUGUGAAGGGAGAUAUCGGUCUGCCUGGUGUUCCUGGCUUCCCUGGACCAAAGGGAGACCCAGGAAGUCCUGGUGGUGCCGGUCUUCGUGGUGAUCCUGGAGAAGUUGGACCCACAGGACCUCCUGGUGACCCUGGUGUACCUCCAGCACCCAUUGUGGUGAAGGGAGAGCGAGGACCACCUGGUCCUCAAGGCCAGCCUGGUAGUCGAGGACUUCCUGGUUCUCAAGGACGUGAUGGACUUCCAGGUCAGCCUGGUGACCCUGGAGAUCCUGGUUUGGAGGGUCCUCCUGGCUUCAGCGGUCCACCUGGCAGGAAGGGAGACAGUGGACCGGCCGGUCAACCUGGUCAGCAAGGCUACCCUGGUCCCCCUGGUUCAGAUGGUCCACAAGGUUCUCCUGGUCUACCAGGAUCAGUGUCUGCGGCUCAUGGCUUCCUCAUCACCCGCCACAGCCAGGGUCAGGAUGUUCCUUUCUGUCCUGAGGGAACUAACCCCAUCUAUGACGGUUACUCCUUGCUCUAUGUGCAGGGUAACGAGAGGGCACACGGACAGGAUCUUGGCUCUGCCGGCAGCUGUCUGCGCAGGUUCAGCACCAUGCCCUUCAUGUUCUGCAACAUCAACAAUGUCUGCAAUUUCGCCUCCCGCAAUGACUACUCCUACUGGCUGUCCACGCCUGAGCCCAUGCCCAUGUCCAUGGCCCCCAUCACCGGAGAGAGCAUCAAGCCUUUCAUCAGCAGGUGUUCAGUAUGUGAAGCUCCAGCCAUGGUGAUUGCAGUCCACAGUCAGACAAUCCAGAUUCCAGAUUGCCCUGACAAAUGGUCCUCUCUGUGGAUUGGAUAUUCCUUCAUGAUGCACACUAGCGCAGGAGCAGAGGGCUCCGGUCAGGCCUUGGCCUCACCCGGCUCCUGCCUGGAGGAGUUCCGCAGCGCUCCCUUCAUAGAGUGCCACGGCAGAGGGACAUGCAACUACUACGGCAACUCCUACAGCUUCUGGCUGGCAACUGUAGAACCCUCAGAGAUGUUCAGGAAGCCCCAGUCGGAGACUUUUAAAGCGGGUAACCUACGGACGCGCGUCAGCCGCUGCGUGGUCUGCAUGAAGAGUACGUAACGGCACACGGCGGGGGAUGCCUGAUCGACAACAAGAGAUGAUUGGAUGACGGGGGACAAGUAGGGGGGUGGUGGUCACAGCGACGGAUAGGCCGUCAUCGUGGUGACAAAGUGGAAUUCCAAUGGUGCAUUGUCUUCCGGAAAAAAAAAACUAAACAAAAAAAAAAACUACAACUUAAACAAUGGUGCUACUGUGCAACACAGCUUCUAUAAAAAAAAAAAGAAAAGAAAAAACUGACGAAAAUAAAUCUUACAUUUAGUCUUUGUUUUUCUUAAGAAGUUACCUCAAAAUGACAGCAGAGCAAAAUCCACUAAAUGGUGCCAUGAUGGAUGCGCGACAACAAAAAGUGCAUUUUUCAUUUCUUUCCCCUUUUUCCCAAAAGGAUCAGUUUCCUUUCUCUUAAAAAAAAAGAAAAUCACUUUUUUUUUCGACGUUGUUGCAACAAAAAUGUGAUCCUGCACAUCCAUUCUUAGACAGAAGUGCUCCUUUUUUUUUUUGUUUGUUUUCGGCCUUGUUGAUGAGGAGUGGAUGGUCUCGGCACUUUGACUUCGGAACAUCCAAGAUGAGAGAUGCACUGACGAUGAGCUUUCCUUAGUGAGACUGACAGCCUUUUUUUUUUUUUUUUUUUUUACCACUAGCUCUUCAUUCACAUGCUCUUCCUCUCUCUCGCUCUCUCCGUCAUUUUUCUGUCAUUUAACGUUACAUUUGGUGGUACUAACCCUGCUGUAGUGCGCCCUCUAACCGUCAGCCUACACCUUCUUCCUCUUACUUUAUUUUUUUUUUGUAAGUAAUUAAAUGUGUAUAUUGUGUAAAACACCUUUUUGUUUUUAGUGUAUUAGGUCCUGAAUCUGUACCAGUUCUUUUGUUAUAAGACAAUUUUCCAGGUUCUUUUUAGCUCACACACUUCACGCUUUCACACACAUACAAACAAACACACACAUACAUUCACCUCAGUUCACUGCUCACUGACACACUCAGAUAUUGUACAAAGUAAGGCUUUUAUGAAUGAAACAGUAUUUUAUAUAUAAUAAAUAUAUAUUUGAAAAAAGAGGAUAAAAGGUAUAUAAACUUUAUUCGGCUGUGGGGAGAUUGUUCGCUGUUUUCAAACACAAAGGUCAAGGCAUUUCACCGAUUAAAAUAAAUCUAACUACUGAGCAAAGACAAGAGCCAUUUUCCCUUCAAAUAUAACGGUCUUGUAUGAUAUUAACGACACCAAUCGCUUAAAAAUCUUUUGUACUCAAUUUGUAGAAUUAAUAAAAAUGUUGAACUGAAAUAAAGGGGAUUUGCUUCUAGGUAGUCUAAUGAUUGGGAAAUGUUCCAGAUAUUUGUGCGGAGAGAAAAAAAAGAAGAAGAAAAAAAAAAGGAUUUGAAUUUAAAUCUUUUUGGCUCCUUUGAUUAGAAAACCGUGAUAUUUGUUUUGUGUUUUUUAACAUUUCCAGGUGCUGGGCUUCGCUGUAAAAAGAGGGCCUUAGGUUUUUUGAGGGGCUCACUUUACAAAAAAAAAAAGAGAAAACCCUUCAAAUUCCCCUUUCACUGGCUUGAAUUUGUAUCCAAAAUUGGUUUGAAGUGUUCGCACUCGAGCCUGUCGAGACACAGGUGGGAGAUCAGGUGUGACAGUGACGCCUGAUGUGACGCUUCUCUCACACCAGGUGUUCGCACUCCUGAUGUACUGUAAGUCUACAAGAGCUGUUCUACGGGGGGGAGGGGGAGAAAUGUUUUCCUGUGAUUUUAUUGUUAUUUUUAUUUUUUCAAAACUGCAUUUAUGAAUUCUAAUUUUUGUCAACCUGGGGUGCGAUUUAAAAAAAUGUGUAUUUUUUUUUCUUUUUUUGUUUUUUUUUUUUCGUUUGUUUUUCAUGUUAUGUUAUCCAGAAGUUGUUAUAAACUUUUAAGACUGAAAUAAAUACUAUGUCCAAAG